ACCUCCAACUUGUAACCGCCAAAAUGUUUAAGAAAGACAUAACCCCCGGCGCAAAAUCCAAAGUAAAAUCUAGCGCGCAACGCGGCAUCCGCUCCAAAGUCCUCGAAGAAUACCCAAAGCUAGAACCCUACAUCGAAGACAUACUGCCCAAAAAAGAGCAAUUGGAUCUCGUAAAGCUACCAGACCGCGUAUCCCUCUACACCCUAAACUCGACACCCCUCUUCUUCCAACACAUGGACGACGCACUCCUCCCACACCUCACCCUCGUACACAAGUACCCCUUUGCGUUCAACCGUCUGCGCAUCGACCGCGGCGCAAUCCGCUUCGUGCUCUCAGGCGCCACGCUCAUGGCUCCCGGUCUCACAUCUCCCGGCGGCCGCUUGCCCGGUGCUGAUUUGAGCGACGAGGAUAAGGAGAAAUAUGGGGCCGAGGAGCUGAAGGAGGGCGCCGUGGUGGUUAUUGAGGCUGAGGGCAAGGAGACGGCGUGUAUGGUUGGAGUACUGAAGAUGGGCACGGAGGAGAUGAAGAAGGUUAAGAAGGGACAGGCGUGUGAGGCGGGUCAUUAUCUGGGAGAUGGGCUGUGGGGAUUAAAGUUGGAUUGAAGUUAGAUUCAAGGGAGUGGGAGCACGAAGUUUACAGGUUCAUGGAUUGAGCAGCACAAGGGCUGCGGAUAUGAUUGUUUUUUUUUCUGAGAAGCUGGACAGAUGUAAGAGCUGGCUGCAGAAUCUCUCGGAGAUUGUGCCUGCGAACGCGCCUUGGGAACGCGUCGAGGUCACAAGAGUCACAUAAGUAGUAGCCUUCCAGUAGGUGACAGGAAACCACCAAAGCAAGUGAACAUG